GUCCCCGCCCCCCGGGCCGUUCCCGUAGUGUGGUUGCGGAGACCAGGAUGGCGGUCAGGCGUGUUCCGUGGCUGCUCCUUGUUACCGGCUUCCUGUCCGCGGUGCUGAGCGGGGUGUCGGCGGACGGCAGCGGCCUGCCCAGCAAGAAGCUGAGGAUGCAGUACACCGCCGGCCCGCUGCUCAAAUUCCAGAUCUGUGUUUCCUGAGGGUACAGGCGGGUGUUUGAGGAGUACAUGCGGGUUAUAAGCCAGCGGUACCCAGACAUCCGCAUCGAGGGGGAGAAUUACCUUCCCCAGCCCUUAUAUAGACACAUUGCAUCCUUCCUGUCCGUCUUCAAAUUAGUAUUAAUAGGUUUAAUAGUUGUUGGAAAAGAUCCAUUUGUGUUUUUUGGCAUGCAAGCUCCAAGUCUAUGGCAGUGGGGACAAGAAAAUAAGGUCUAUGCAUGCAUGAUGGUUUUCUUCCUGAGCAACAUGAUUGAGAACCAGUGUAUGUCCACAGGAGCCUUUGAAGUCACUCUGAAUGAUGUACCUGUGUGGUCAAAGCUAGAAUCUGGUCACCUCCCAUCAAUGCAGCAACUUGUCCAAAUUAUUGAUAAUGAGAUGAAGCUUAAUGUUCACAUGGAUGCAAUUCCCCAUCACCGUUCCUAGCCACAUUUUCCAGCACCUGACUUAUCUUUCAUGAAGUGGACUUUUGCGGAGGUGUCGGUGAAGAUGGCAUUUAUGAAGGCUUGCACUGAAGACAGAUGCUGUUAGUGCAAGCUGGAGGUCUUAUUGCCAUAUCGUUGAUCCCCUUGAAGUCCUUGAUGCAAGAUUGUCAUGGUGCUGCUGUCUUUUGGCAUUCUAGAGAGUGUGUAAUAAUAUACUGUGGAGAUGCAUUUUAUUUUUAUUUUUACACCAUCACUUCAGAGAUUCCAUAGUCCACCUAAUGCUGGCAUUACAACUUUUGUUUCAUAAUCAUGUUUUACAGUAUUCGAAUAGUUUGAGCUAAUGUUUCUCCCAAGAUUUUGUCUUUCUGAAGUCUAAUUUUUAUAAAAACUGUUCUUUUUAUAGUUUAAAGUGAUGCUCUGGUAAAGGUAAUAACUCAACUUCCCCACUGUUACUCCUAAAUGUCUAAUUAUGUCACUGUUCUACAUAAUAUAUUGCAGAUCGUUAAAGUAAGUUAUUAUAAAUUAUGAACAGAAUUGAAGGCAAAUUGAAUGCAUAUUACAUUUGUAACUGUGCACAUUGGGGGUUAUAUAUAAGACCUUACUGUGGUGUAAAGUUCUAAGAGUGAUGCAAUCACCAUGGGAACCGAUGGAAUGUUCUUGCUCUUUCCAUCUGUUUAUUCAGCAACUGCUUGAAAACCUUGACUCAGAAGCUCACAGUGACACUUUUAUAAAUGUCCCCCAUAGAAACUUAAGAUGUUCUACUUGGUGUAUUCAACUAGAUUAUGUAGGGUUUUUAAACUGAGCCUUCAUAUGUCUACUCUACAGAUGAUGCAAAUUAAGUUAAAUAAAAUUACUCAUUACAGUAAAAUUU